UGUACAUCCACACCAGAGUCGACGAGAGCAAGGACUUUCAUUUUCAGGCCGGGUAGGUUGCCCACCACCAACACAAGUAAACGGGAAAUUAUAUAAAGAAUCGGCAGCACAAUCGCCAGCCAUCCUUUGAAGACACGUAAUAUUUCGGAAAUAAAUCGCCAUUAUUGCUCACAAGAAAUAAUAAAAAGUAAAAUCGUAAAAGAAGGCACAGCAAGGCGCAUAGAAAAAUUUCCAUACUCGAUGACAUUACAUCGCAAUGUCCGAUCGUUUGGGGCAAAUAACCAAGUCCAAGGAUGGGAAAAGCAAGUAUUCCUCACUCAGCCUGUUUGAUAAGUACAAGGGAAAGUCUAUAGAAACUCAGAAAACUGCAGUUCCGCGACAUGGCUUACAGAGUCUUGGCAAAGUGGCCGCAGCCCGGCGCAUGCCCCCACCCGCUCACCUGCCGAGCCUGAAGUCAGAGAACAAAGGAAACGAUCCCAACGUGAUUAUUGUGCCCAAAGACGGAACAGGAUGGGCAAACAAACAGGAACAACCCGAUCAAAAGAGUUCCAUUGUAUCAACAGCACAGCUGCCGGAGUUGCAGCCGCAGCUGGCUUUACAGAAAUCUGUCUCAAAUCUCCAGAAGCCCACACCGGUAGCCAGCCAGGAGAGCACAAACACAGGUGGACCAAAGCAAUGGGCCCAGCUAAAUGGAAAGGCAGUAGAACUAGAUGGUUUAAGGGCCUCAAACCGACUGCAGCCCUUCUCUCACGAGGAAUUUCCAACGCUGAAGGCUGCUGGGGAACAGGACAAGGCUGGCAAGGAAAGAAGCGCCUUCGAUCCGUCGUAUGGGCCCGGACCAAGCCUCCGCCCCCAGAAUGUGACAAGUUGGAGGGAGGGUGGUGGGAGAAACCUCGUGCCCUCCUCCCUGCCGGCUGGCCUGCCCUCAGAGCCUGAGGGAAAGGCCGUCAACGUGGCUGAGACUGGGAGCCCUCCUCCUCUCCCCCCCUCGGCCUCCCCCUCAGCCCUCUCUGCCUCCGUGGUCAGUCCCACCGCUGCCACCAUCGUCAGCGUCCCUCCAGCCCUGGAGCCCAAGGAGCCAUCCCUGCGUCCGUCACUGCCUGUCCGCAGGCCUGUCGCCCCUGCCCUAAACCAACACCAGCUUCACCAUCCUACAACCACCACCACCACGUACCAUGACAUGCUGCCUGCCUUUAUGUGCCCCAAAGAAACUCGUGAUGCUCCCGGCGCUGCUGAACACACUGGCCCUGUAACCGUGGUGGCCCCAGUCCGUUUUGACAACAGGCCCACGGUCAGGCAGCCCUAUCCCAGUAACAACCAAGAGUCAGUCAACGGCGAGGUGAGGAGAGGAGAAAACCGCUUCAUCCGCGGGCCCCCUCGCAACCCGUCCUCCCGGCCAAUCCGUCGGCCUGGCGACAGACCCCCUCGUCCGGCCAUUAUCAACCCAGAGGACCUGAAGGAUCUGGAUGAGUUGGACAAUGACUGUGAAGACGGCUGGGCAGGUCUCCAUGAAGAAGUUGAUUACGGCGAAAAACUCAAGUUCAGUGACGAUGAGGAGGAGCACGCCACUGGCGAGAAGAACAAAAUGUGGGCUGAAUGGGAGAACCAGCAGCGUGAGCGUCAGUUGUCUCUGAGCUCUGGAGAGGGGACAUACCCCCAGGAGGCCCCUGAGGAUGAGGCUUACCUGGCCUACCAGGAGCAGAUGGCCCAUAGGAAGACCAAUGGCAGGUUCCCUUCUGGAGAAACCCAGGCUCUGCAGAAGUGCUCUGUCCAGGGAUUGGCCAACCAUAGUGAUAACCUUGACGACCAGGAGGAGCGACAUGGACAGUCCCAGGGCCCAGCCCGGGCUAAAUUUGUGUCACCUGAGCUCUCUGAGGCCGUUGAGAGAGCUCGGCGGCGCAGGGAGGAGGAAGAGAGACGUGCCCGUGAGGAGAGACUGGCCGCGUGUGCUGAGAAGCUCAAGAGGCUAGAUGAGAAGUUUGGGAAGACUGAGAGGCAGUUGUCAAGGUCUGAGGAGGGUUCGAAGGACGCCGAGAGCAAGGAGGCAGCACUUUCCCCUGGCAGGGAGGGCAAAACCCACCCAGAGAGCUGGCAGUACAGCACAAAAGACACCGAGUGUUCCUCGGAGCAUUCCACCAGCCAGCCGGACUACAGGGAUGAGACCACCUUGGGUUUUGCACCAUAUCGCAGUGAUGAUGAUACGGGUGCCGAGCCCACCUCCCCCCUGCCCGACUACGCCCACCACCAGGCCCCCAAGUCCCUCCCACCACGCUUCCAAAAGCAGCACCAACAGCAGGAGCAGGUGUUUAAGAUGCAGCACUGGCAGCAGCAGUCUGGCCACCCUGCCUCCUCUGGCUCUAGCCACACACAGAGGGGCUACUACCCACCCCACAUGCUUGGCUUUGACCCCCGCUGGAUGAUGAUGCCACCAUUUAUGGACCCCCGGAUGGCCCAGGGCCGCUCCCCUGUGGACUACUACCCCAGCACUCUCCACUCUUCAGGAAUGAUGAAACCAAUGGCGCAGCCUGACCACCUGAACAGCCCAAGUUCUGUUUCUGACGAAGGCUGCCAUCCCAACAUGCACCAGGAGAGGAGAGCCCCCUCCACUGAACCCUACCCUGUUUGGAGCCAAGAUGGCUACCCCUCUCGCAGUUUCACCCCACCCUACCAGAGACAGCAUGAGAGCUCAGACAGGAGCCAGCCAGAUGACCGGAGUGACCGGGCCUGUUCCCAGCAGGACUUGUAUGAAGACCAGAGUAACGAGUGCCUAGACCACCCCUCUGAUGGCCUUUCCCAUCCUACCUACCACCAGAGCAGAGGCCCAGACAGAGACCAUUUGCUCUCUGCGGUCCCAAGCCGCCCCCAACAACAGCAGAUAGACAGUGACUACCCCAAACAGGAGGCCAAAGAUAGGCACUUGAAGGACAGCACUGAUCCCCGUGAUGAAGCCUUUGACACCUCCAAGGAAAAGGGCUUUGACUCAGACUUCUGGAGACGAGAUGGGGGCCAGAAGAAGGAAGGUGGUCCUCCUGUACAGAACCAGUGGUCUGAUCCUGGCUCCAGCUCAUCCAGCAGCAGCAUCAGCCAGCCCUCAGAGACCGCAGGUAGGAUCUUGAUCCGCAGGACCGGACCCAUCAAGAAGCCCGUGCUCAAGGCCCUGAAGGUGGAAGACAAGGAGAACGAGAAACCCGAGGUGGAGCCUGAGGAGAAGGUAGUCCCUUACCGCCUGGAGAAGGAGGUGCUAACCAACGUAUAUGACUUGAAGAAAGACAACCAGCCCCUAGUAAAUAACAGACGCUCAGCUUCACCUGCUAUUGAGAAGCUUCCAGAAGAUAAGCAGCACCAACUACCAGCCCCCGCUAAAGUCGACCGGCCAGCCAGUACCCACAAUGAGGAUUUGCCCAAGGAGAACAGCUGGGACGGCGGGAAGAGCCAAUCCCCCAGAGACAGCCAGGAGACCAGGGAGCCUGCAGCGCCGAGACGCAACAACUGGAUCUUCAUUGAUGAGGAGCAGGCGUUUGCUGGAGCCAGAGGAACUGGUAGAGGUCGAAGUCGCGGCGGCUUCAGGGAGUUCAGCUCCAGAGCAGACCGUGGUGGCCGGGGAGGUCGAGGUGGGGAGAACCCCAGAGGAGGCUACAACUAUAAUAACAGCAGGGACUCUGCUGGGGCCCAGAGACCAGGCAGAGGCAGAGGACUGCCCAGGGACUUCACCAAGGUUGAGGACCUGCAGAGAGGGAAGCCUAGGAGGCGCAAUGUCAGUGAAACUCUGAGUGAGGCAUCAGAAUACGAGGAGCUGCCCAAGCGGAGACGCCAGAAGGGCUCUGAGAACGGAGAGGGUGGCAGCUACCCAGAGCAGGGAGAGAUCAGGAAGGCCGACCGAGACUCUUGGAGGUCCAACAAGGUGUACACUGACGACCAGGUGGCCGGUGACAACCGAGACAAAGCUAAAGCCGGUGGCAGGGGGUUCGGAGGCGGUGGCCGCUCUCUUCCUCCCAGACUCGAUGCUGGCAGGGUCUACAACAAUGGCCGCGGGUUCAACAACGGCUCCAGAGACACUUGGAGGGGCCGGGGGAGCCAGUUUGGCAACGGUGGCGGGCCCAUGCAAGAAAACGGCUAUGGCACCGACAGCUACUCCAGGAGACCAACGACAGACCGCGAGCCCCUCAAAUACGCCCCCAAGUUUGCUGGCUCUACUGGCUCCUUUGUGGAGAAUGGCACUGAGGACCGCAGUGGGGAGGGGGAGUACUACAUAGACAAUGACAACUCGGGACAACAGCUGUUGAGAAGACGCCGGCCGCCACGCCAGGACAAACCACCACGCUUCCGCCGGCUGCGUCAAGAAAGGGAGCCGGGCAGUAGCCAGUGGACCAGCGACGAGUACAUCAAUGGAUCAGACGGAUUCGCCUACCCUUGGCCGGGCCACUCCAAGGAGGCAGGUAGAGAGGAUGGCUGGCCCACUGGCCACUACUCUGGAGGGGCUGCUAGGUCCGGUGGUCAGCACGGCCAGACAGAGGACUGGGAGACGGGCUCAGAGAACAGUGACUUUAGUGACUGGAGGGAGAAGCGUGGUGUAGGGCAGCAGCCAAACCAUGGAGGAGACGUGCACUCAGACUCAGGCCAUGGAGAGCCAGGCUCCGGAGAGAAGAGGGAGCUAGCCAAGAGGAGCUUCUCCAGCCAGCGGCCCUUGGUAGACCGGCAGAACAGGAAAGGAGAGCCGUCCCUGUUGGAGGGGAACAAAGUGCCGCGCUCCUUGGACAACCCCAACGUUCAGCCUUCUUCCAACAGGAAUGAUGGCUGGCAAAACGGAGGGGCGUCCAACCAUAAGAGCCGGAGCCCAGAGACAGGGCCCGUCUACAUUGUUGAGCAGUCUGAUGAAGGCCAUCUGUCCAAUGAGUCCUCAGGGAAGAAGCUGGAGAAGGAGCUGAAGUCCGGGUCUGUUAAGGGAGAUAUGGUAGAACCACUCUCCCAGUACGACCUUAACAGCUACCAGAUUGAAGGGGAUACUGGGGGUCCCCUUCCCAGUCCAGAUGGCUUCCAGGAUCUGUCCAAAAAGCCACAGCGACGCCCGCAGGAAGAUGACAGGAGGAGGAAAGACCAGGGAGUUUCAGUGCCAGUAAAAAACAGGCCGAUCACCUCCAAGAUGCCCCCGCGGUUUGCAAAGAAGCAGAGUAGCAUGACAAUGGAUCAGCCAGAGGAGGGCCUCUCUGCUAACAACCUGGGCACUGAGAUCUGGGAGACCAACAGCUCAGCUCUGUCAGUCCAGUCAUCUGGAGGAGACUCCUGGACUAAGCAAGUGUCCUACACCGCCAGCGAGCCCAACUCUGAGGACUCUGACGCUGGGCCCGAGCAGAGCAAGGAGCAGCACAAGCCCGGGCCCAUCGGGAACGAGCGCUCGCUCAAACACCGCAAGGGCUCGGAGGGCGUGGAGCGCCUGGAAGGCGGGCCCAUCACUCCCGUCAAUGGGGUGGACCUCCACGUGGACACGGUUCUGCCCGUCCCGCCGAUUGAGUUUGGCGUGAGUGCCAAGGACUCUGACUUCAGCCUGCCCCCUGGCUCCACCCCAGUGCCUGUGUCCAAUCCUGUCACCAAGCUGCAAGAUGCCCUCGCCAGCAAUCCGGCCCUAACCCAGGCCAUCCCCAUGCUGCGUAGAGAUCAUCUGCAGCCUGGCAUCAAUCUCAACCCAAUCUCCUUUCCCAGCGCCGAUCUAACACUCAAGAUGGAGUCAGCCCGUAAGGCGUGGGAGAACUCCCAGUCUCUCCCCGAGCAGGGCUCGCCUGUUGGGGGUACCUCUGGCGCCCAGCCUCCCUGCAGUGUGGGCUCCUCCAGUGGGGUCAGCUACAGCUCCUUUGGUGGGGUGUCUAUGCCCCCCAUGCCCGUGGCGUCCGUGGCCCCAUCCAUGUCCAUGCAGGGUAACCACAUCCCACCGCUCUAUCUGGACGGGCACGUCUUUCCCAGCCAGCCUCGUCUGGUGCCCCCGAACAUGACCCAGCAGCAAAGCUACCAGCAGGCGGCGGCUGCCCAGCAGAUCCCCAUCUCCCUGCACACCUCUCUACAGGCGCAGGCCCAGCUUGGUCUCCGGGGGGGGCUGCCUGUCUCCCAGUCCCAGGAGAUGUUCAACUCCAUUCCCCCCUUCAGGUCCCAGGUGUACAUGCACCCCAAUCUGUCCCAGCCCAGCCCCAUGGUGUUGUCGAGCGGUGGCCCCCUCAAGGGGCCCUACUCGGCCUUUGCUGGCAUGCAACCGUCAGACAUGGUCAAGCCCCAGUCAGGCUCCCACUACCAGCCCAUGAAUGGCAGUCAGCCCAUGGUUUACGACGGCCAGAUGAACCCUAACCCUGGCAUGGGCUCCUCCCAGCUCAUGGACUCUCAGCUUAUACAGGUCACAAUGCCUCUGCCAGGCUCCCAGCUGCGUUAUGGCUCUGCUCAGCAGCACCUCAUCCUUCCCCAGUCCAUCCAGCUCCAGCAGGGCCAAAACCUUUCCGUUGGAGCCCCACGCAGGAUGCUCCCUCCUGGCACCCAGCCUCCAGUCAUGACUGGCAGCAGAGAGAAUUUCCCAAUGUCUACUGGUCCGUAUACUACUUACAAGACCUCCCAGAUGGAAAUGAAAGGCUUCCAGUUCUCUGACAAGUCCAAUCACUCCCCGGGCAUGUCUGGAGGAUACAACAGACCAGGGUCUGCCAGUCCCAGUGGGAAGCAGUCAGGCCCCGUGGGCCCCCUGUCUGGACAUUACACCCAGCAGAAGACCUCAUCCAUGCAGGCUGUUCAGCAGCGAGGUUGGGCCUGCAGAGGCCCGGGCCUGACCUGUAGUUGCUGCUACAGAGACCCGGCCACCGGCUGGUUUGAGCCCCUGCUGUGUCCCAUCCACGGCAAGGUCCCUCCUCCUCAGGGCAGCAUGGUUAUGCACCUGCGUCCCUCCACUACCGGCCCCUUCCCCACCCCUAUCCAGAGACCUCUUAUGCAGGUCAAGAAGACCGUGAUCAUCCGCUCCCCCUCUUAUCCCAACCCCGGGCGCGAGCCUUCCCACUCCACCCCUCCCUCGGCCCCUGAGCCCUCUGUUAAGGGAUCCGAGGAUGGCAUGAAGAGUAAAGACCUGCAGGAGGUGCGCCAGCUGGUGGGUGAGGGGAAGACUCAGUCGGGGGGCAUGAUGACCAGCAAACUCCAGGAGCGCCUUCCCGGCUGGCAGGUCAAACCAGCACCACGCACUGGAGCCAUCAAACCCCAGGCCAUCAAAGUGGAGGAGGGCAAGGCAUAGCAACGGACCUUAAACCUCCUUUUAAACUUCACCCAGCCUGACUCUGGACAACACCACCCCUGCCCCCUCCCAUGGCCCACCUUUCAGCCUUUUACAACCCCCCCCCCCCCCCAGAUCUGUCGCCAAACUUAUGGGCAGGCAGGCAUACUGUACCAAAUUCCUGAACUGUCAGAACCGGACACUUAUUAUUAAACACCACGUAUAGAGAUAUAUAAAUAUAUAAAAAAAUAUAUACAUAUAUACAUAGACAAUAGUUUGGGACACUCUUCUAAGCAGACUACAUGGUCCUCCUUAUUUAUUAACAUAAAUUUCCUUUUCAAGAUAAAAGAUAAUGGUCACAAAAACAAAGAAAAUAGUCACAUUUUCUAUGUUGCUCUCCAACAGUCUGAAAAAGGAAACCGCCAGCUCCUGCAGAUAGUUCACUCUUCUCGUUUACCUCGUUUUUUUAUAUAUAUUUUUUGCCAACCCGUAAUUACCUUUUGGACUGUAGCCCUGUAGACAAGGCAGACACUUGAAAUGUCACUCCAAGAAAGAAAAAGCGUUUUAAAACUGCAGAAUGGAACUUCUUGUACUUUCCCCUACUUUACUUUUUUUUUGUUGUAACCGUGGAGUUUUAAUUUUUUAAGUAAUCAUAUCGCUUAUUUGCUCUAUUAUUAAAGGACAACUUUUAUUCAAUAAAAAAAUCCUUAAAAUACAGAUUUGAGGACAUUGUUGUAUAUAAAAAUGGAACCACGUGAACCAGGGUGUCGUCCUCAGACAGCGACCCCUGGGGUACUUCACACAGCUUGUGAACUGUGACAAAAUAGCUUAUGAUGAUAGAAAAUGUUUGUUAUUUUUAAAAGGCAUUUUCUUUUUCUUUUUUUGCUUUUGUUCUGUUGCUCUCUCUCUGUCCUAAUAUGUACUUUGUAAACAGAAGCAGAAACAUGAACAUUUUAGAGAAGUCAUGUUGUUGCCUCAUUGGGAGCUACCCUGGCGUUGAUGCAGUGUUUGCAUGUGAUGUGCUGAAAGUGUGUUAAUCACAGAUCCUGAUCCAUGAUCCAGUCUCAACAUUUCAAAAGGCUCUGAAGUUAAUAGAAACGACUGAGUGUUUGUGUGUGUGUGUGUGCGCGUGCCUGCGUGUGCGUGAUCAACCAUGCUGGCAAAUACAUUGGGUUCUUCUAUAGUGUUCGUGUGAGGGAUAUUUAUAGUGUUUGGGAGUGGGGGUGGGCUUUAUGGACUACUACUGUAUGCUCCUAAUAGCUGAUUGAAAUGUUGCUUUCUUUUGCAAUCCUUUUGGUUGAAAUGAGUUGCUGAAUUUCAGAUUCACAUCUGAUACAUGUCUUGUGAUUUUAUAUCCCUCCUCGCUUUUGCUCCUAAAGCUAUUAUAUACACCUAUCUGUAUUAGCUAUGUUUUUGCAACACAACUCAAUGGAAAGGCGGGAGGGUUAUUGAAGGAAUGGGUAGGCACUUCUCUCUAGUGAACAUUCAGCACCAUGUUAGGUCUCUGGGGUCGCGCUAGCAAUAAACGCAGCCUAACUAUAUCAUCACUCAAUCAGGGUCCAAAUAUCUAUUUUUAUGUUACAAUUUGACAACGGAGGGGGAUUGGAAUUGCUUGAUGAAUUGAUGUACUAUCUUUGCUUAGUUUUUUUUUUUUUUUUUGUGAACGCUGCAGUUGCUUUGGUCUCUCCGAAGGAAUAUUAUAGCUUUUCUGUUUGAAAAAUGUGAACUGUUGCUAUCAUCUGUGAUUUAUUUUUAUGGACACUCAUUUUGAAACUCAUUUACUAUUCCAAUGUCAUCAUAACUGGUUAUAAAUGUUACUGCUUAUUAUAAUGCUCCAUGACACUACAAAAUGUUCAGACUCACCAUUAUGGCAGUGUUUCACUGAUGUCUGUACAUGUUCAUUAUAUUCAGAGUUGUCAGUCAGGGAGGGUGGGUGUCUGAAAACGUAUGCUUGAUUUAUAUUGUAUCACUAAUAAAAGGAUUAAUGUUUCAAAGGUCACUAUGAUAUAAUCACAGGGACUACUUUCACUUGUGGAUUGACUUACUGGACGUUGUGAUGGCUUUUUGCCCCCCUCUUCCCUAUUUUUUGCUGUGAGGGGACCCUGACAGUUUUUGGACUGACUGUGUGGUUUAGCCUACACUGAAACUGCUUUUGGUUUCCUCCUGCUCACGACUUCAGUCAUUACUGUACCUAAACCAAGAUUUCAACCUUUUUUUACCACACACUUUUUUUGGUCAGAGAAUCAGUGCACUCUGGAACUAAUCCUACAGUGUAACUUACCUGAUGUUUAUCCUUUCAGAUAUGUGAUCAUAUUCGCCCUUUACUUGUUAAGAGCUUAUUGAGAAAAAAAUAAAGCAUUUGUGCUUUUUCAAA